CGAUUCAGUCCGUGUUCAGCCGCGGUGGCACGAGUAUAGCAGGUACCGAGCGAUUCGUCGCGUCGCCUGCAUUAUAAUAAUUAUCAAGGCAACCGAAAUAAAUAAAUAAUCGAACGUCUUGGAGGUAUUUUUUACUCGCGAGGCGGAAAUUAGGGAAACGUGAAAAAAAAAAUAGAGAAAAUAAUUUUGGGUGCCUGAUAUUCUCGUGUUAUCGCAGAUAGUAAUUGCAUACAACUGCAUUCCUCUCAUGUUUUUUGACAUUUGGAUAACGUACGGGGUUUAAUAUAAUGCGGUGACCGACGCGGAAUUAAAAUUAAUUUGUCCUUGAAUAGAGAGUGUUCCAUCACUGGAAAUAGUGAAAUUACAAUCGAUAAUUUGAGAGAUUGAAGAAUCUGACGAUAAUGAAGCUCGAGGGAAAUAGUUCGAGGGACGACGAUGCCAAUGGAAUUCUCCUGGAGUCGAGGAAGUCCUCAGCGACGGCAGUUGAAAUUAUUCCUGUUCAACCUAAGACAAUAACACAUCUACCGAAGAGACCGCCUGUCGAUCUUGCAUUCACAGACCUGACCUAUACGGUUCGAGAAGGCCGAAAAGGGAAUGUGAAAGCCAUUCUAAAAUCAGUGAGUGGUAGACUGAGAUCCAGCGAGCUGACAGCCAUUAUGGGACCGUCUGGCGCUGGCAAGUCGACCCUCCUCAACAUCCUCACUGGAUACAAAAUAACUGGCAUGGAGGGGAGCAUCACAAUGAACGGAGAUGAACGAGAUUUGAGCACUUUCCGAAAGCUCUCUGCUUACAUUAUGCAGGAUAAUCAACUCCACGGAAAUCUAACGGUUGGCGAGGCCAUGAAUGUGGCAGCAAGUCUCAAAUUGAGCGCUGCAAUACCUAAUUUUGAGAAGCAAGAAGUCAUUCAAGAAAUUCUCGAGACCCUCGGCCUAGCCGAGCAUCGGCAGACAAUGACUUUAAAUCUAUCCGGGGGUCAGAAAAAACGUCUCUCUAUAGCCCUGGAGCUGGUCAACAACCCUCCCAUAAUGUUUUUCGACGAACCAACGAGCGGAUUGGACUCUUCCUCGUGCUUCCAAUGCAUAUCUCUCUUGAAAACAUUGGCAAGAGGUGGACGAACGAUAAUUUGCACCAUUCAUCAGCCCAGUGCUCGCCUAUUUGAGAUGUUCGAUUCUCUUUACACACUUGCGGAGGGUCAGUGUGUCUAUCAGGGCUCCACAACGCAAUUGGUACCGUUUUUGAGGUAUCAGGGACUCAACUGUCCGAGCUAUCACAAUCCCGCAUCGUUCAUUAUCGAGGUCUCGUGUGGCGAAUAUGGUGACAACAUCUCCAACUUGGUGUCGGCAAUAAAGAAUGGAAAAUACGAUAUCCGCGAAGGCCAUCCAUUUUCAGAAUCGAAGGCAGAGAACUUGAAUAACGCCAUUCAAGUGGUUAAUGGACUCUCUAAGGAUGCCGAGGCUAUUGGAGUACAAGAAGUCUUUGUCGAUAAAAAUGAUGUUAGCAAUAUUAAAGAGAAGUACUCGGACAAGCCAGCCAAUGAUAAGAUCAAUAAUGGAGCUAUGAUCCGUGGAUUUACAACAAAUGAUAUUGCUAAACACAGUGAAACAGUCAUACCAGUCGAGGAGAAGAGAGAUAAUAUCGACGCUAGUGUUGGAUUGUUGAACGAAACCGAAGAGGAACAGCCAGAGAGAUACCCAACAUCAGAAUUAAGGCAAUUUUGGGUGGUUUUGAAGAGAACAUUGCUCUUCAGUUGUCGUGACUGGACCCUGAUGUAUCUUCGACUGUUUGCCCAUGUUCUCGUCGGCUUCCUCAUCGGUGCGCUCUAUUACGACAUUGGAAACGAUGGUGGCAAGGUUCUGAGUAAUCUUGGCUUCCUCUUCUUCAACAUGUUGUUCCUCAUGUACACCUCCAUGACGAUAACGAUUUUAUCUUUUCCACUAGAAAUGCCUGUACUGAUGAAAGAAAAUUUCAAUCGAUGGUACUCCCUGAAGUCGUACUAUCUGGCAAUAACUAUCUCGGAUAUUCCAUUUCAGACAAUCUUCUGCAUAAUGUACUUGAUAAUCGUCUACUUCCUGACGAGUCAACCCUUAGAGUUCAACCGAUUCUUCAUGUUCCUGAGUGCCUGCCUCCUGAUCUCAUUUGUUGCCCAGUCAGUGGGUCUGGUGGUAGGUGCAGCGAUGAACGUACAGAACGGAGUAUUCCUGGCCCCAGUAAUGUCAGUGCCCUUCCUCCUCUUCUCCGGUUUCUUCGUGAGCUUCGACUCAAUUCCGGUGUAUCUGAGGUGGAUAACAUACCUAAGUUACAUCAGAUAUGGCUUCGAAGGUACAGCCCUGGCCACUUAUUCCUUCAAACGUCCAAAAUUGAAGUGUCAUCAGCCCUAUUGUCACUUCAAAGAUCCAGGAACGACACUCGAAGAGCUGGACAUGAAGGACGCUAGUUUUUCUCUCGAUAUAUUGGCCCUCAUUCUGAUAUUCGUUGUUCUGAGAGUCGCGGCCUACAUGUUCCUUCGGUGGAAACUCAAAUCCGCUCAAUAAUACCCUCCGAGCAUUGAAUAAUAUUGAAUGAACAAACUUCUAAUUAAUACAUAAUUUUAGCAAGAUUUUGAUCAAGAAGAUUGGAAAAUUGUUGCAAUGAGGGAAAACUAACUUGCUCUCGGGGAAGCUUUGUGUGACGAAAAACAUGGCCGGCCGAUCAUUGGUAAGAUAAAAAUGUUUUCAAUUACACGAACAAAUAGUUCAAACUAACGUAGCAAAUUGUACUCUGAGAAAAAUUUAACUCAUCUUCAGCUGCACACGACGUGCUCGAGAACUUGUAGUUAUUUUCACUAUAGUGUCACUCUCGUUGCAACUAUUGAAGUGAGAAAAACUCAUAGAGUUCGUGGUACGGGUUGAUUAUCGAUUAAUUAACGUGAGAAUUGAUGAUUAAUCGAUUAGCUCGUUUUUAUGCUCUUAAAAUGAAUGUAAUUUAUUUUAUUGUUAAAUUUACUUUUUUAAGUCUCAAUGAUUAACAUGUCUACAUGUCCAUGAGUCAGGGUAUAAUUCAUAUAUUUUUUAAGGGAAUAAUAGAUUAACUACUUGAAUUAAUAAUUCAUCUAAUUCCCUGAAUGGUAUGACAGGAAUAGGCCGACUGGGAAUUCCGCAAGAAUUAUUUUGAAAAUGUUUCUUUAGUCUGGGGAUAUUUCUGUACUUAUCCCCCAAUUUAUUUGGAAUUUUUUAUGUAAUUCAAACGUUUUUCCUAGUGUUAAAAAAUAAUUGUACAAGUGCCUUAAUGGUUUCCCCCCCGUUCAUGCGUGGAAUUCAAAUGAUAAACGAUCGGCAAUGGUUUUUGAUCCGCUGAUGGCUGUGAAGGGCUCUGAAUGACGAAUAUUCCUGGGGAAUAUCUAAAUUAACAUAAGGGGAGAAAAGUCUCGUACACUCGCACAUAAUUCUCCUAUCAAUAUCUGAAUAAUUCAGGAGAUAAUUUUCGAACCAAAUACAUUGUACUAAUUUGUAUGAAAUCACUGGUAAUUUCCUAACGAUUUUGUAUUGAAAUAAGGUGUUCAAAUAAUUGAUUGCAAAAUGGUAUUUAUCCGAUUGUUACGUUUAUGCUUAUGCUAUAGUUUAAUCAGAUGAGUUAUUGAUGGGUUUGAUCGGGCGCAAUCAAAUGUUCAUCUGCCUGGUGAACCAAUUUUUACGGACAAUUUAUCUUUCACGAUUAUUUACUGUAUUUUAUAUAGAAUAUUUGUUACGAAUAAAGCUUCGAAUUUUUUGAAAAUCUAAA